AUGUCUGCACCAAACGCUGGUCGUCAAUCCCCAGACCCUGAGCGCCAGAGCGGUGCUCAGCAAGGAGAUCACCCUUCCCAGCCCGGUAGUGGAAAGAUCGACGAGUCCAAAGCAAAGGAUGAGGGAAAGGGACAGGAUGACCAGACCUUUGGCCUAGCGGAUAACCCGAAGCAUAUUCUCCAAGAUCAUUCUGAAGCAACAACUUCCAAGAAAGGGUAG